CUUGCUUCUGCUCAUUGGAUUCAUUGGACUCAUUGGAUGUCGCCGCCAUGUCGGUGGUCAGCGGCCCGAAGUCGUCCUCCCGCUCCAGCGGCCAGAGCGCGCCCAGCGCCAUCGAGCUGUCCCUCUCCGGCGCCUCUGCGGGCAGUCGCCGCAGCCCCUUGGUCGAGGAGGCCGUGGAGCCUCAGGCCUCGGUGCCCUCGCAGCGGAGCUCCUUGAGAUCCACGCGGGGGUCGCUGGAGAGCGCCAUGGUGGCGCUGAGGAGCUACCUCGUGGAGGAGACAGGGGCGGGCCCGGGCCCGGGCCCGGGCUCGGAGAGCCCGGUUCCGCCGAAGCGGUGGCACAGCAGCAUGCGAUUCCUGGUCGUGACGUGCACGGUGAUUGCAAACAAUGUCCUGCGCUGCUACUGCAUUUACCUUUUCGCAAAGCACGAGAAGUACGCUGCGGUGGCCUGGCAGGGCUUCUUCGAGCUUUUCGGGGCCUUUUUGUCCGUCCGCAUCACCGCGCGGGAUGCGGACGUGCAACGCUUCAGCUGCCGCUGCUCCCUGCUGGGACGGCUGCUCUUUGGGCUCUUCGCCUUCCUGGUGCUGGGCCUCUGUCAGGUGAUCCACGUGAAGCGCGCCUGGGCACGGCAGCUCACCAACGCGGAGGUGCUGCAGAGCUUGGACGACCAGGACUUCAUGUGGACAGCUCCGGCUUUGGGUGCAGAGAGGGGCUUGCCGGUGGCGAUCGUCACCAAUGCGCCCUUCCUGCCCUGCACGAUUUACGCCUUCCUUACAAGGAGCUGUUACCGCCUGUAUCUUUGGACCACGGUGCCCGCGGACUAUCACUCCUACAUUUGGUGGUGCGAGCUAAAGAGCACCAUGGACACGAUCAUCCUGGGCUUGGCAGUGGUGUCCGCCCUCACAGUGCUGAGCAUCAACGUGGUGGACAUCGACCUGGCAGUCUCCGUCUUUGUCGCGCGCCGCUACCACUUCGACCUCCGCGUCCGGGGGUCGAGGGUCGGAUAUUUGCAAGUCUUCUAUCCGGCUGCCCACAUCAUCUUCCGCAUCGCAGAGGUCCUGUGGCGGAUCUCGAUGCUCGUGGCGUUCGCGGCGGUCACGGCCUUUCAGCUGGGGGUGCUGGGCGUGCUUCUGACGGCGCUGGUCUGCACGGCGGAGUACCUCUGCAUGCUGAUCAUCCUGAAGCGACACUCUCCGAAGGAUGAGGCCUGCGGGGUGCAUUUCAUCGUCGCCGCGUUUCUGGUGGUGGCGGACGUCACCCGCUUCGUGGACCGGCCCGGGUUCUGCUACCCCGCCCGGCGCAUCAGCCGCGCGGUGGACCGGUGGCGCAAAGUCCAGUUCCUGCUCCUGGCUGGAUUCGUCACUUGCCUCAGGCUGAGUAUUCCACCUAGCAGGAAAACCUUUGUGGAACGAGUGCAUGCCCUGACAUUGAUGAUCGUCCUGUUGAGCUCCCUGACGGUCAGCGAGCUUUUGAAGCUCACCCCCAUGAUCAAGUCCGUGGGGGACGACUUGCACACGGCGGUGCUGCACCACAAGAUCUCCAGAGUCAGGAAGCUCUUGGACACCAGUCUGGGAGGUGAGGCCUUGGAUGUGAAUGGCCCCACCAAGGACUCGGAGAAGAUCACGGCGGCGAUGCUGGCGGCGGAGAACGGCUUCGUGGAAGCGUUGCGGAUGAUCAUGGCCUGUGGAGGCAAGGUGGAGGUGCGGAGCGCGCGGAAGGAGACGUGCCUGCACUACGCGGUGCGGGCCAAGCAGCUGGAAGCGCUGGAGCUGCUGGUGAACCAGCCGGGGGCGCAGCAGUUGCUGCGCCAAGUCCAUGGCGAGCUUCGGAGCUGUGCCACUAAGGCUCUGGGGCUCACGGAGGACCCGGGGCAGGUCUUCAGCAGCAGCGAGGCCCAGCGCCUCUUUCUGCUGCUGGAGCCCAACCGCGGCACCCGGCGCCGGGUGGAGGAGAACUCCUCCACGGUGAGCCUGCAGAACGUGAGGACCCAUCUGGCUGUGAGCCGGACACUCCUGAAGUUCUUCCCCAACGCCGUGGAGGAGGAUGUGCCCGAGCUCCAUGAGCUGCACUCGGUGAGCGCCUUGGUCUUGGCCCACGCCGCAGGGCCUUUGGGCCGCUUCCUGCUGCCGCAGGCAGCAGUGGCUUCCCUGAAGUCCAUGCGCAAGGUCCGGGCGCUGGGCCAAGGCUCUUCUGGCACCGUUAUCGAGGUGGAGAUCGUUGCACCGGUGCCUUGCUCCUUCGCACCAGCGACCUUCGCGCCGACGGUUCGUCGCUUUUCCAGCGACGCGGACCUGACAAGGAGCGAUUCCCGGCACUUCGCAAUGAAGCUCCAGGCGAAACGGAAGAUGCACCUGGACUGGCAGGCGUACUCUGAAGUGGUGGCCCUCAGGAGGUGUGGGCAUCCCUUCAUCGUGCGACUGGAGCAAGCCUUCCAGACUCCGCACUACUAUGCCCUCCUGUUGGAGCUUUGCCCCAACGGAGACCUGAACCAGCUGCUGUGCAGCACUCAGGAUGAGACCGGGCGCUGCGCUGGGCUCCCGGUCGCUCGUGCGGCCAAGUACGCCGGGCAGGUCCUCCUUGCGCUGGUGCAUAUCCAUGAGGCGCUGGGCAUCAUCUACCGAGACGUGAAGCCUGAGAAUAUGCUGCUGUCGGCCUCGGAUGAGGCCAAGUUGGCAGAUUUUGGGCUGGCCCUCUACGUGGGGAGCAAGGCCUUUAGUGCGCAUUGCAUCCCCAUCGCUGGCACGCCGAGGUUCCUCGCGCCGGAGUUGGUCAUGGGGGAGGAAGAGGACGAAGGUGACCCCCCUGGCGUGCCAGAUGUCCGCUUCGACCCCUUCAAGACAGAUGCGUACAGCUUCGGCGUCACACUGCAGGUGAUGCUUUUGGGGGAGGACUGCGCGGAUCUGGAGGAGGGCGACGGAUGCCUGUGGAUUCUGCCACGCAGGCUACCGGAUCAGGAGCAAGCGCAGCUGCUGCACAACGCUUGUGAAGGAAGCCGCUUGAUGCCCGAGGCAGUGGACCUGCUCCUGAAGCUCCUACCCUCGAAGCCUCGCUUCCGCAGUCGUCUGGCGGACAAGCGCAUCAAGAAGCACCCGUUUUUCCUCACAGCCUUAGGCUGCCAGGACCUGGAAGAGCGGCUUCUGAAGGCCCAGUGAUCGAGCCUCUCGUGCACUUCCCCAGGCCCAGCUGAAAGCUGGGUGUGUCUUCCCAGGCUUCGGACUUCGGAGCCAAGCUGGGGAUGGCUCUUCUUUUUUUGGUUAGGCUGAAUUGGCUGUGAGUCGAAAAUAGCUGGUAACCCCC